AUGGCGGGAGAGUUGAUUGAAUUGAGUCGUGCGCACCUUUGUGCUUCUCCGCAGGCGCCAGUACCGUAUCCGCGCCUGUCGCGGAUGGUGAUUGAUCUUUUCUCAGUGCCAGCCAUGUCUUCCAAGCCAGAGCGCAUCUUCAGUCUUACAGGGCAGAUGAUUACUGCUCAGAGAGGCCGCCUCAAAGCUGAUCUUAUAGGAGCUGCUUAA